AUGACUGAAGAAGGUGCUAGUAGCAGCAAUGUCGCUAAUUCCAUCCCCCAUAGGGUACUUGUAAUGCCAGAAGCUUUCGCAGCAUCUGAAAAAGAAGACUGGAUUUCGUGGCUUAAAUAUUUUAAUAAUUGCGCAAAAUUAAAUAAAUGGGAUAACGACGAGAAACGUGAUUUCUUGGCCGUUCGUCUCCGGGGCGCUGCACAGGAAACAUGUUUUUCCUUGUCAGAGGAAGCGCAGGCGGGAACUUUUGAAGUACUUUCUGAAGCCCUCAGUAAGAAAUUCGCACCCACAGAGCGGUUAGAAUUAUAUAAAGCUGAGUUUCAAGCUAGGCGACGCGCACAGGGGGAAAAGUUAGGUGAGCUUGCAGCAGGCUUAAGUAAGAUGGCCAGCAGAGCAUUUCCAGGCGCACCGACAGACAUUCUCGAUCGUUUGGCUAUGGAUCGAUUUAUAGCGUCUUUGGACAAUGUUGACCUUCGUAUUCGGCUGCGGGAAGGCAAUCCAAAGACGCUGGAUGAAAGCUUAAGUCGCGCGAUCCAGCUUGAGGCAAUCUACGAGGCAGAAAACAGUGCUGCUCGUAGUAAGACGUCUCGGGUGCAGGCGGUCGAGAGGUCUAGCGAUUCACGCAUACUGGAGAUGCUCAGCAAGCAGACUGCAGCACUUGAAAAGGCCGUAAACCUACUUACUGACCGUUCUAAACCUGAGAUUCGCCAAAAUAACCAUAGGCCAGGCAAUAAGUUUAGGGGUGGAAAACUAGGCCAGGCUGGCACCGCGGGUCGCGUGCCAGCCGAUGAUUCAUCUAAGACCCAUAAAACAGGUUCCAAAAGCUGGGAAGGGGGUGCAGGAGUGUCAAUACUCAAAGUUUUAGGUUCGUACAGCGUCAAUGACGGCGCGAGUCUUUACGUCCCUGGGUGGGUAGGUAAUGUUGAAAUAGACAUGCUCUUGGACACGGGUUCUGCGGUAACUCUCAUUCAUAAGCGGAUAUUGGAUAAGGUUGAUAAGGGUAAGAAGAUGUCUGACGUAGAGGAACAGGUCAUUUCAGCAAAUGGUCAACCAUUAGGAAAUUUGGGGGCGUGUGAAGUUAAACUAUGUUUGGGAGACAUUAGCACUAACCACAAUGUUUUAGUUGCAAAUGACAUUACUCAGGAUUGCUUGAUCGGUGUUGACUUUUUGGGUAAAAACAAUUGCUUAAUUGAUUUUAAGGCUGGUGUAGUUAAGGCUGGGAAUAGAGAGGUUGUCAUGGGUUGUAAGCGGGAAGAUUGGACACGUAGUCGGGUUAGUUUGGUGGAAACGGUUACGAUACCGGGAAGACAUGAAAUGAUCAUGUCUGCAAAUGUUAGGGCGGUAAGUGAUACUGUCACUGGUUUAAUAGAGCCCUGUCCAAGAUUUUUGGGUAAGCACUCAGUCUUGGUGGCCCGAGUAGUAACUCAACCAAAAGAUAACCAGGUACCUGUCAGGUUAUGCAACCCUUCUCCGGAGCCAGUAGUGUUACAUAAGGGAUGCACACUUGGAACAUUUGCUCAAUGUGAGGUGAGCCACUCUCUAAAGUCUACUACCAACGAUUGUCAAGUUACAUCCGUCUGUAAGCGUCAUAAGCGAUCGAAAGCACCAUCGAUAAAAGCAUCUCGUGCAGCAGUGUCACAUUUAUUCAGCUGGGACGAUACGGACAUUAGCAGUUUACAGAAAUCUCGGGUAAACGAACUUUUAAAUGACUUCGAGGAUGUUGUGUCAAAAGAUUUAUCGGGCAUUGGCAGAACAAAUCGGGUAAAACAUCGCAUUCCUACGGGCAAUGCAUCUCCUAUCAAACAGUCCCCAAGGCGAGUUCCCAUUCACCAGAAGGACGAGUUGGAUAAGAAUUUGGCGUCGAUGCUGAACGACGGUAUAGUUCAACCCUCUUCCAGCCCCUGGGCUUCUCCAGUUGUGCUGGUGAAAAAGAAGGACGGGAGCACAAGGUUUUGUGUUGACUAUCGUCGCCUUAAUGAAGUAACGCGAAAGGACGCAUAUCCGUUGCCAAGGAUUGAUUCGACCCUUGAUGCUCUGGGCGGAGCCAAGUACUUUUCAACUAUAGACCUUGCUAGUGGAUAUUGGCAAGUCGAGGUGGAACCGUCCGAUCAAGAAAAAACGGCGUUUGCAACACCUCAAGGGCUGUUCGAGUUCUGUGUCAUGCCAUUUGGAUUAACAGGUGCACCGGGCACCUUUCAAAGAUUGAUGGAAUCUGUCUUAACAGGUCUUCAAUGGUCAACAUGCCUGGUGUACUUGGAUGAUAUUAUUAUCUUUAGUACGACAUUUGAAGAGCACCUCGAACGAUUGCAGAUGGUUCUCGAGAGGCUUCGCGAUGCAGGACUAAAAGUUAAACCGCAGAAAUGUCAACUCUUUCGGAGAGUCUUGCCUUUUUUGGGUCAUGUCAUCUCUAAGGAGGGGGUCGCCACAGACCCUCGCAAAGUAGAUGCGGUGACAAAAUAGCCGGUACCUCUCGCGAAAACAGAGCUGCGGAGUUUUCUCGGUUUAGCAUCGUACUAUCGCCGGUUUAUCAAGAACUUUGCAGCAAU